AUGAAUCCGUUAGCUUAUGCUCAAGAAAGAGAAAAAAGAUCAAAUUCUAACACUGGAAAUUCCAGGAAUACACCUGACGCACUUGCCUUUCUCAUCGACCACGAACGAGUUGCUGCGUAUUUAAUAGAAUGCGUAGGACAAACAAAGCUUAGUAACUUUUGUAUUCGGACACCACUUUAUGUGGCUGCCGAAAACGACCAAAGAAAACUUGCUAAAUGUUUGAUUGAAUUCGGAGCCGAAAUCAAUCGCGUUGAUGAUGAUGGUUGCACACCGCUUUACGCAGCUUCUUCGAAAGGUCACGAAAAAACAGUCGAAUAUCUAGCGAAGUGCGGAGCAGAAAUCAAUCGCUCUGCUAAUAAUGGUGGUAAUACACCGCUUUACUCAGCUGCCUGGAACGGUCACGAGAAAACUGCCGAAUGCCUAGUGAAGUGCGGAGCAGAAAUCAAUUGCACUGAUAAUGAUGGGAGGACACCGCUUUACGCAGCUUCGGCGGACGGUCACGAAAAAACUGUCGAAUGCCUAGUGAAGUGCGGAGCAGAAAUCAAUUGCGGUGAUAAAUCUGGUCGGACACCGCUUUACACAGCUUCCUUCUACGGUCACGAAAAAAUAGUCGAAUGCCUAGUGAAGUGCGGAGCAGAAAUCAAUCGCGCUAAUAAUGAUGGUUGGACACCGCUGUUUGCAGCUUCCUUGAACGGUCACCAAAAAAUUGUUGAAUGCCUAGCGAAGUGCGGAGCAGAAAUCAAUCGCAUUGAUGAUGUUGGUCGGACACCGCUUCACGAAGCUGCCUGGAACGGUCACGAUAAAACUGUUGAAUGCCUAGUGAAGUGCAGAGCAGAAAUCAAUCGCGCUGAUAAUGUUGGUUGGACACCGCUUUGCGCAGCUGCCUGGAACGGUCACGAGAAAACUGUCGAAUGCCUAGUGAAGUGCGGAGCAGACAUCAAUCGCGCUGAUGAAGAAGGUAGGACACCACUUGAUGUCGCUAUUAUGCAGGAACACAAGAAUGUAGUAGAUUUUUUAGUAUCAAGAAGUGCACCGAAAACCAAAUAACUGUAUUACUAUAAU